AAGCAAACCUCCACCACAGCCAAACCGCGACGGCUCAGCUGCGCAAAUGGUUGGAGGUUCAACACACGGCCAUUGCCCUAAUCCAGGAGCCGUGGGUCAGGGCCGGCCAAAUCAGAGGACUCUCCAAUCUUGGAGAGACCAAUCUGCCAUCUCAAUACAGCAACCUGCUUUAAACAUGGAGAUCACCCUCGCCUCGGUAUACAUGCCCGAAGCAGAGGAGCCUCCUCCCUACGACCUCGCCCGCCUGGUGAAUCACUGCGAGAGAGAAGGGAAGGAAGUGAUUAUCGGUACUGACUCCAACGCACACCACCCUUUGUGGGGAAUGGAUACACACAACGAUAGGGGUAAGACCUUAUUUGAUUACUUAUUCACAACCAACCUAUCACUAAUAAACACUGGAUCAGAACCAACUUUCGUCACUAGACGAAGUCAAACAAUUAUAGACCUGACUCUCGCAUCAGAGAGCGUAGCGGAGCUAAUCACAGGAUGGCAUGUCUCUAAGGAGGCAUCUUGCUCAGACCACAGAUGGAUCCGCUUUGACCUACAGGUCUGUAUACAAGAAACACCACCGAAACGGAACCCACGCAAUACGGACCGCGCGACGUACACCCGUACGCUCAGCACCAAACUUGCGCAACUCGGGGACCCUACAAAUUACGUGGACACAGAACAAAUUGACGAACAGGUAAGCUACCUCACACAGUCAAUGAUAGACAGCUAUCAAACAGCCUGCCCCGAAACUGCAUACCAGAAAACACCAGGGAAACAACCAUGGUGGGGUGCGGAACUAGAACGCAGGCGUAAACAAGUGAGAAAAACUCUAAACAGAGCAAUGAAUACAUGUGCCGACGAGGAUUGGGACGACUAUAAGGCGGCCAAAUCAAGGUACAAGAAAUGCAUCAGAUUCCGAAGUACCAGGGGAUGGCGCAAGUUCUGUGGUAACAUCGAGUCCUGUCAACAAGCAAACAGGGUAAGGAAAAUCCUAGCACAACAAAACACACCUGGUCUGGGCACUCUCCGAAAACCAGACAACACACAUACCACAUCGCCGGAAGAAACGAAGCGCGUCCUAAUUGAGACCCACUUCCCAGGAUGCGUUUUCACGCAAAAUGUAGAAUGGCAUGAGGUAACACAAACACCAACUGAAGAAGAUUGGUCAUACGCACAAAAAAUCGUCACAAUGGAAAAACUCCAUUGGGCAAUUCAAAGCUUCCACCCAUACAAAGCAGCAGGUCCGGACGGAAUCUUCCCAGCGCUCCUGCAAUGGGAGGACCAUACAUCUCAUAUAGACUAUUAAGACUAAUGAGAGCAUGCCUGGCUUUUCGAUAUGUCCCCAAAAAUGGAGGGAGGUCAAAGUAGUCUUUAUCCCAAAGCCAGGUAAAGGAGACUACACAAGCGCAAAAUCUUACAGACCAAUCAGCCUGACAUCCUUUGCUCUAAAAACCCUGGAAAGGUUAUGUGAGCGAGAGCUGAGGGACGGUGCGCUAAGAAACAACCCCCUGCAUCCGAAUCAGCACGCAUAUAGCUCGGGGAAAUCAACAGAAUCAGCGCUUCAUCUGGUAGUAAGCCGGAUAGAGGAGGCAAUAGAACAAAAAGGCAUCUGCCUUGGCACCUUUAUAGACAUUGAGGGAGCCUUUGAUAAAACAAACUUCGUUAGCAUAACAACGAGUUUACUCAGACACAGAGUUAACCCGAUGCUAACUGAUUGGAUCACAAACAUGCUCAGCAAACGCGUGGUACGCUUUGAAGAUGAUGACAAAUCAGCACUAAUAGCCAGAGGAUGUCCACAGGGAGGGGUACUGUCCCCGCUCCUGUGGAAUCUAGUGAUUAAUGAUCUCAUCACAAAACUAAACGCAAACCACGACUACACAAUAGGUUAUGCGGAUGACCUUGCCAUCCUCAUCUCAGGCAAGGUAACUGACACUAUCUGCAACCUUACUCAACAGGCCCUACGAAUCGUAGAACAGUGGUGCAGGGAAUUUGACCUUUCAGUAAACCCCACCAAGACUGAGUUAGUCAUGUUCACAAACAAACGAACGUUGGGACCGUACAAACUACCUAAACUCUUCAAUACAGAACUCAAACUAUCCAACGAAGUCAAAUACCUUGGCGUCACUCUGGACAGUAAGCUGAAAUGGAGUAAUCAUAUAGACAAUAAAGUAAACAGAGCCAGCAUUACCUUUUGGCAAUGUAAGAAAAUGAUAGGGAAGAAAUGGGGCUUAUCCCCUAAGAUAAUACUAUGGCUAUACAAAACAGUGAUCCGCCCCAUGAUCACUUACGGCGCCUUAGUCUGGUGGCCCAAAACCGACCAAACUACAGUCGCAAAUAAACUGGCGCGAGUCCAAAGACAAGCCUGCAUGGCAGCCACAGGUGGCAUGAGGACAACA